CCUCGAGUACCUCUCUUUUUCCAAAGGAGGUGAGAAUCUCCGAGGAUUGGGCAAUCAGCAGGAAACCAACAGCGAAUCUCGCUGAUAAUGCUCAACUUAGUAAUGAAGGCCCAGGAAGACCGUUUAAAUCUCGUCUAGAUUUUAUUAUGUGGCAGGCAGUUUGGGAUAUGAUGAAUCGGAAGGAUCACCUUAAGGUGGGAGAUUUGACCCCUACACACGGUAGAGUAAACAUAGGGGUAGCUCGAAGGGGUAUAGUGGCUCCUGCAAGAUUACUAGACUGGAAAAUGCAGGUAAAUACUACUGUAUGCUGGAAACCCCUUAGAGCCCUUGGUCCGAAGACCUUCGGGGGAAGACGGAACAAUUCAAGGGAUUGGGCAAUCAGCAGGAAACCUUUACCGAGAAGGGAUCCUCAGAGACUAUACGUAGUAGACUAA